UCGAGAUUCCUCCGACCUUCCUCAACCCCCUCCCCGUAUCGUAAGCAUCCAUAGUACGAUAGUUCGUAGUGUAGUCGUUCGUCCAGUGUUUUGAAAAAAACGCGCAGGAAUAGAUUGUGCACGUGGUUGCCUGUAUUAUACGGACGGCCUUCAGUGUUAAGGACGAAUGCUUUACGGUGUCCUGCCUUGUUGAAUGGUUUGCAUAAGUGUAACAACGCCUUGAACUUGAGUGCUCGGAACUAUUGCAUUUGCAUACUCUGUUGGAUUCGCUAACCGGACCGAAGCACUUUCCAGGUGAUUUAUGUUCGCCGCGAAGCAGUGUACAGUACAUUCGCUGAUACCAGCCCUGCACGCAGCUCCGCGAGCGAGCCCCGAGCUGUGUACAAACAGAUUCACUUUGGACUUUAUUGCCUAUCUCUUAAUUAUCAUCAAGAAGAAUAUCGCGAUCAGCACACGGCGUACUAAGCAAUAAGUAGUGUAAUGGUAGACAGUGCCGCGUCCGGAAGAUUCGCUAGUGCUCCUUAGCGGCGACGAAACGGCUGACCCAUGCGUGUGCGAGCCCCCAGGUGUGUUGAGUCGAACAAUGUGCAGUGUAAUUGCGUGUGCCGCGAAUGUCCUCCGCGAGUGAUGCAAUUAGAGCACCUGUAGAGCAGUACCUGCCGACCUACACUGGAGUGUGAUUCAAUUAACGCACGAGGAACAUGCGAAUCAAAUGUAGAAUGUCGCGUCUGGACUAACUCGAUUUCCAGUGAUGUGAAAAGUGGAAAGUUUUAAUUACACAGUUGAAGUGCACCGUAGACCAUUUUCCCGGUAAACUUAUGUCCCUGCGAGUGGAAGCUGCAUCACAGAUAAAUCCCAAGCUGGAGCUCGAAACGGUCGAGAGUGUGGCGGAGCAUCCAUCGGCGGAAUGGCUCAAUUCUGUGAAUUCAAGUGCCGAGUUGGAGUGCUUGUUGAAGGCGAACAGUGACACUGAACAGGAACAGAGCCAAGGAUGCCCGCCAUCGUAUGAUUCAGUGCUUUGCUGGCCAAGGACUCCACCGAAUACUCUUGCAGUGCUGCCAUGCUUUAAGGAAUUCAAAGGAGUGCAGUAUGACAGUACACACAAUGCCACCCGCUUCUGUCAUGCAAACAGCACCUGGGAUAAUUACUCUAGUUACGAUCAAUGCCAUCAUGUGAUCAAACCAUCUAAUCUUCCUGAUUUCUCACCAAGUGUUGAGCUGCCAACUUUGAUCUAUUGUUCCGGGUACUUUUUAAGUCUGAUAGGUUUAACAUUAGCAUUACUUGUUUUCGUUUAUUUCAAGAUAUUUCCUUCCAGAGACUUGAAAUGCCUUCGAAAUACGAUACAUGCGAAUUUAUUUUUAACAUAUAUUUUAUCAGCAUUACUGUGGAUACUGACACUAUUUUUGCAAGUGUUAAUAGAUGAUCCCGGUGCAGCAAGUUGUACACUAUUAGUUAUUUUAUUUCAUUAUUUUAAUCUGACCAACUUUUUCUGGAUGUUAGUCGAAGGACUGUAUUUGUACACCCUAGUUGUGCUGACCUUCUCUAGUGAUAAUAUCAAAUUUUGGGUAUAUGCUUUCAUAGGAUGGGGAUGUCCGGCUCUAGUGGUUCUAACCUGGUCAAUCUGUAAAGUAUUCACCAUUCCGCUCGAUUCGGAACGUUUUAACGGGCUGGAAAUUGAAUGUUCAUGGAUGCGUGAAUCGACGGUGGAUUGGAUAUUCCAAGGCCCAGCCUGUAUGGUUUUAAUCCUAAACUUAAUUUUCCUAAUGCGGAUUAUGUGGGUACUUAUCACAAAGUUACGUUCUGCCAACACACUGGAAACCCGUCAGUAUCGGAAGGCAUCGAAGGCGCUCCUCGUCCUAAUCCCACUACUGGGAAUCACUUAUUUAUUGGUUUUAACUGGACCGGAAUUUGGAAUUGGCAGAUAUAUGUUUGACGUAAUCCGGGCAUUUUUGAUAAGCUCUCAGGGAUUUUCAGUUUCGCUAUUUUACUGUUUUCUCAAUUCGGAAGUGAGACUUGCUCUUCGUCAUAAACUGGAUCGGUGGAGAGAUGAAAGGAAUAUAAACAGCGGACAGUCAACAAGAAAUCGCAGGUAUCGCUUCUCAAAGGACUAUUCACCUAGAUCGAGAACCGAGAGCCUACGUCUCACAACAACUUUCAGUCCAAUACCAACGAACAAUGAAUGAGCAAAAUGAAUUUUCUGCAUGGGAUAUUUUUUCCAUUUUCCGUCCCUCGCUUUUGUUGCACGGGAAAGCAUGUGCUGUAAAGUUUUCAUUAUGGUUUGCUUCAUUUUUCCCUGAGUGGCAUCACUAUUGCAGCAUUUUGUUUACUUCCAUUGCAUGGAGAGGAGCUUGUAUGCAAAAUUUAUUAGUCCCACUAACCUCCGGGAGAAAUACGAUAAUAACAUAGGAUCUAGUGGCUAAACUUUAUUUACUAGAAGGGAUUCCUUCCGUUUAGUGGCAAACGUAUGCAUGUAUGCGUUGGGUAGAGUACAAAGAAAAAUUAUGGUAUCCUGUGUGCCUGUGGAAUGUUGAAAUUUUAUACUUUGGAAGCUGUAUAUGUGCUUUUUGCGUUUUCAGGACGGAAGAGUGCACCGUAUUUAUUAAAGGAUAAGUCAUUUUGACGAAAGGAUACCUUUGUGCGUGUCUAGUUAUAGAUUCCUGUAAAGUACGCUUAAGACUGAUAAUCAAAAGAACAAAAUUAAAAAGUAACCUUCACGUGUAAUGUCCUUUGCGCUUUAAAUGUAAUCGAGUCAAAAUCACUUUUAAGCAAAGAAAAAUUUAAAUUUUAAAAUCUAAUGGAAAAUAUAAGCCUAAAGAAAAUAUUGUAAUAGAUAUACAUAUAUCAAAUUGUUUAUUA